CCACUUCCUGAAAGCAAAGGUGCAGAAGAAUGUCUGUGCCGUCCUACCUGUAAAUCCUGUCAGCCGGAACUUCUUUGCUGGCAAACAACAAAGCACCUGCACACUCAUAAAGGAAUACCAUGCUGCUGAUGGAAGCACUUGGCGGGGAAAAGAUAUGAAGUUUGGCAAAGGAGCAGUGUGUGAGCUGAAGUCACUGAGAAACUGGGCGAGCCUUUGUGUGUUGUUGGCGGUGGCGCUCCUACUGUACCAUGACCCAUUUCUACUACUGUGGUGGCCUCAGAAACCUGCUGAGAAAACUAAGACUGAUGCUUCACACCUGGACAUGGCGACAGAUUCCAUUGAUGACAUGUAUGACGGUUGCCGGUCUGAAUCAGCCUCUGUGAUCGACCUGUUUGGCGUGUUUGAGUGGCACUUCAAUGGAAACUUCAGUAAUGCCUGGGCUGCAGCUGAAAGCAGAGCAAAGAGACCUGUGCACGGGAACCUGAAAGAAGAGCACACUAUAGUUAUGUACAUGUACACUGAGGUGAAAGACCUUCAACAAGAUUUCAACCUUGCAGUGAAAACAGGGAGACACAAUUACAGCACACACGGAUUCAAAUUCCACUAUUUCUACUUCUACCUGACUGAUGCCAUUCAAAUUCUGCAUCGCAAUCAGACAUUGUGCAGAACCACCUAUCACAUGACGUGGAAACGGUUUGACCAGGAUGUUGUCAACACAAACAUGCGUUUUGGUGCUUUCACCUUGGCAGUUUCAAGCAAACAAUCAUUUGAUCUUAAUGGCAGUGUGUCUUGUUUUGAGAUCUACUCAUGCUUUGGUGCUGAUAUAACAGAUUACUCUGCCACAAACCAAAUAGGACAGGUGCUGAUUCCUCCCUACGAGGUCUUCAAAGUUACAGACGUCCUGACAAAUGACCCAUGGUGCAGUGUUGUCUACAAGCUCGAGAGUACCAAAAUACCAAGGGGAGAUUUGAAUUGUAAAUUGCAUGACAGGCAAAUAAAAGCAUAUUUUGGAGCAGUUUUAAAUCACUGGAACACUGGAAGUUAUGGGAUCAUGACUGCAUGCAUCGCACUGUUGAUUUUAAUUUCUAUAGUCCUUGUUAAACGAAGGCAGAAGCGUUUCGUGGCUGAAGUGUUCAUUGCUCUGCUGGUGGUGGUGGUGAUGAUUCUGGUGAUACUGAGAGUUAGUUUGAUCAGAGAUAGGUGAAGGUGGGAAACUAUCUUGUGUUUGUUACCAGGAGAAUUCAUAAAUUAUAUUUUUGAAAGUUUUGAGGAAAUAAAAUAAAAAAAAUGU